AUGGAAAGAGCGUAUGUUUGUUCCAGGCUUGGAGGGAUUUGCGGAGGGACUGGAUAUCUGAGUGGCACUUUUCUGGGGGUUGCCAGCGCGGAAUGUGGCUGGAAGGGGGAUAAGCUGGGUAAAUUGUGCCUUCUUCCUAAUGGGGUUUUCAUUUUCAUGCAGACCAAGAAAAGAAGGAACAAUGGUCGUGCCAAAAAGGGCCGCGGCCACGUGCAGCCUAUUCGCUGUACCAACUGUGCCCGUUGCGUGCCCAAGGAUAAGGCUAUUAAGAAGUUCGUUAUUCGGAACAUCGUAGAGGCCGCAGCCGUCAGGGACAUUUCCGAAGCGAGUGUUUUCGACGCCUAUGUGCUUCCCAAGCUGUAUGUGAAACUGCAUUACUGCGUGAGUUGUGCCAUUCACAGCAAGGUAGUCAGGAAUCGUUCUCGGGAAGCCCGGAAGGACCGAACACCUCCACCCCGAUUUAGACCUGCUGGUGCUGCCCCACGACCUCCACCAAAGCCCAUGUAAGGAGCUAAGUCCUUAAAGACUGAAGAAAUACUGUUCCCUGGAAAGACAAUAAAGUGGAAAUUAUACUUUA